UGCCUCGAUUGCUUGCUAGAAAUAGGCGACUCGGACAAUGCGGCUUUUAAUACAUUUGUCCAAAUGUACAGGAGGGGCGCAGGUUUUGAAGCGCAGGCUUGCCAACUCCUGUGUUCACAGACUUGUGCAGUUCGAACACCGCCAGAUCCUUACGGUCGGAGUGCGGGGGAAGAGAAAAGCGGCUGCUAACAGUUUUUCAGACCCUCGCGUUUCUCUUUCGCCGUCGUCGCCUCUCAGGUCGUUUGUGUCCGUCCUGUCCCGCAGCUCGCUCGGAGUCGUUUCCGGCGGUUGUGUUUCACGGUCACCGCUCCCGGUCAGACCGCCGCCGACAAUCCUGCACACGCCGGUCGCCUUCAGCAGCUCUUCGUCCGCCGACUCUCAGAGAACGACGGCAAAGACACAGACGGAGUCGGGGAGUAUCCAGACUCCGAUCAAAACUCCCCUUGAAGAUGUGAAAAGGAUUCUCCAACUCGCUCACUCGGAGAGAUGGAGACUGGCAGCUGCAGUUGGCUUCCUGGCUGUCUCCAGUGCAGUGACCAUGUCAGCUCCAUUCUUCCUGGGAAGGGUAAUUGACACCAUCUACACAACUGGAACAGAUGCAGAGACCAUGGCAGCUUCCCUGACAUCAUUGUGCAUUAUGCUGACGGGAGUUUUUCUUUGUGGUGGGGCAGCAAAUGCUUUCAGGGUCUACCUCAUGCAGAACUCAGGACAACAGAUUGUUCGAAAUCUCCGUGCUUCUCUUUUCUCCUCAAUCCUGAGACAGGAAGUGGCCUUCUUUGACCGAACUCGGACAGGCGAGCUUAUUAACCGCCUCUCUGCUGACACAUCGUUGGUCGGCCGCUCCAUCACAGACAACCUAUCCGACGGCUUGAGAGCUGUCGCCCAAGCAGUGGCUGGUGUCAGUAUGAUGUUCUAUGUCUCUCCCAGUCUAACAGGUUUUGUAUUGCUGACAGUGCCUCCUGUGGCUGGACUUGCUGUGUUCUAUGGUAGAUACCUGCGUUCCAUUUCUAAGCAUACACAAGAUGCGUUGGCCCAAGCCACACAGUUGGCAGAGGAGCGUAUUAGUAACAUGCGUACAGUCAGGGCCUUCGGUAAAGAACUGUCAGAGGUCAACAGCUACACACAGAAGACAGACUAUGUCCUCAGCCUUGCCAGGAAGGAGGCUGUGCUAAGGGCAGGUUUCUUUGGAUUGACAGGUCUAAGUGGUAACAUAAUGAUCCUGUCAGUGCUGUAUAAAGGAGGCUUGCUGAUGGCCAGCCAACACAUGACAGUUGGAGAGCUCUCAUCCUUCCUUAUGUACACCUUCUGGGUGGGCUUCAGUGUUGCAGGUCUGAGUUCAUUCUACUCUGAGCUUAUGAAAGGUUUUGGAGCAGGAGCCAGACUGUGGGAGCUGCUGGAUAGAAAGCCUGAGUUCCCUCUAAAUGAAGGGCUUGUCCUUCCCCCUGACCAGUUAAAGGGCCAGCUGGAGUUCUGUGACAUCUCCUUUUCCUACCCGACCCGUAAGGAGGCUCCAAUCUUCCAGAACCUCAGUCUGCUGGUACCAGCCGGUUCUGUCAUGGCUGUGGUGGGAGCCAGUGGGUCAGGAAAAUCAACCCUUGUCUCACUGCUGCUGCGGCUCUAUGACCCAGAUGCUGGUGUCAUCACUGUAGAUGGGCAUGAUGUGAGAGAUCUAAAUCCUUAUUGGCUGAGAAGUCACAUUGGAAGUGUUAGUCAGGAGCCAGUGUUGUUCUCUUGUUCUAUCAGAGAUAACAUAGCAUACGGUGCUGUGGACCCAGAGGCUGUGACAACAGAGGAUAUCUACAGUGCAGCCAAAGUGGCCAAUGCCUAUGACUUCAUACAAGCGUUUCCCAAAGGCUUUGACACUGUGGUGGGGGAGAAAGGAAUUUUGUUGUCAGGUGGUCAGAAACAGAGAAUAGCCAUUGCAAGAGCUUUGCUCAAGAACCCUAAGAUUCUUCUUUUGGAUGAGGCUACCAGUGCUUUGGAUACAGAGAACGAGUUCCUGGUGCAGGAGGCCUUGGAGCGUCUCAUGGAAGGAAGGACAGUUGUCAUCAUCGCCCAUCGUCUCUCCACAAUCCAGAACGCCAACGCCGUGGCCGUGUUGGACCAGUGUCGCAUCGCUGAGUGUGGCCAGCACACAGAAUUGCUGGGCAAGAGACACGGACUGUUCCGGAAACUGAUGGAGAAACAGGCUUUUCUGCAGGAGGAGCACAAACAUGCCCUACGCUGA